AUGACAUUUCUAUCUCAGGAAUUUUUUAUCAGACAGACUACCAGCACUGUCCAGACAGAUAUCAUCCCUGGAACAGACUUGAUGAGAGAGGGCGAGGGCAUCCAUUUGACACACGGGGCCAAUCAUGAUAUACAACUCAAUCCCUGUCCAUCGCAAGAUCCGAGUGACCCCUUGAACUGGUCCAAGCCAUGGAAAUACCUGGUUAUAACUACCCAGUUUCUAUUCCUCUUCGUCUCUGUGGAAUCGGCUUUAUCGAUGGGACCAAUGUUUCCUCUAUUUGCAGCCGAGUUCCAGCUCAAUGAUACACAGCUUAGUCUCUUGACAGGAGCAUGUGUACUAGCUCUUGGAUUUGCCAACUUUAUCAUCGUUCCUUGUUCCAAUAUCUUCGGUCGGCGUCUGACGAGUCUCGGUUUCUGCUUGCUGGGCAUUGCUUCGUGCAUAUGGCAAGCUUUGGCCGUGUCUUAUAGCAGCAUGCUGGCUGCACGUGUUGUGAAUGGAAUUGCUACUGCUACUAGUGAGACGCUUUUAGUGCAAGUUGUGGCAGAUAUGCUUUUCCUUCAUGAGAGGGGUCUUUGGACGGGUGUGUAUUUAUAUGGCUGGCGAAGCUUCUUCUGGCUAUCCCUAGCUCUCACUUGUUUCAACUUUAUCACCCUCCUAUGCUGCUUCCCAGAAACCAGGUUCCGCAGAGACACACAACCAGAAACCUCUCGGCUUGAAUGUGAAGCUCUGGCCGCUCACAAUACUAGCAAAGUAGAAACAGAGCAGCUCGAGAGUAUCGAACAACGCAGCAACAUUGUGGGCGCCGGCAGACCAUCCAGAUCCCAGUUCAAGCUCUGGCAAGCCCCAGAGCCAGCAUGGAAAUCAUUUUUACUCCGAGAUAUCAUCUCACCAUUUCGCCUAUUUCUUUUCCCAAUCAUCCUCUGGGCAGCACUUAAUGUAGCCGGCCCCGCCAACGUCCUCCUAUUCUGGAACUUGACAGAAUCCGCCAUCCUCAGCGCCCCUCCAUACAACUUCUCGCCAUCGAGUGUGGGAUACUCAAAUUUUGCCUUCGUCGUUGGUGGUUUGGUUGGUCUUGUUACCGCGGGUCCAUUUUCCGACUGGAUUGCUGUGAGAGCCACGGAGAAGAAUAAUGGGAUACGAGAAGCAGAGAUGCGCCUGCCAGCUCUUAUUCCCUAUCUCAUGUUUACUGUCGUCGGUAUUGUGAUUGGCGGGCUGGGUUAUGAUCGACUCUGGGACUGGCCUGUUGUGCUAGUUGUCGGUUAUGGCUUCAGUGGGCUUUGCGUGACCACUGUUCCUACGAUAGCUAUUGCAUACGCUGUUGACUGCUAUAAACCAAUCUCUGGUGAGAUUAUGGUUGUUGCUACUGUUAUUAAGAACACUUGUGGGUUCGUGAUGAGUUACUGGGUCAUGCCUCUGGCGGCACGGAGGGGUUUCAUCGUGCCUGCUAUGGUAGAGUUUGGGUUGACGAUUGGACCAAUGAUUCUGGGGCUUCCUAUAUAUCUCUUUGGGAAACGGUUGCGGAGGUUGACUCGCAAUUCCAGUGUACAUGGUUAUGCAGGGUGA